AUGUCGAGGAGGAAGACCAGGGAGCCCAAGGAGGAGAACGUUACCCUUGGACCCACUGUCCGUGAAGGAGAGUUUGUCUUUGGUGUUGCUCACAUCUUUGCAUCCUUCAAUGACACCUUCAUUCAUGUAACUGAUUUGUCUGGGAGGGAAACUCUGGUUAGGAUCACUGGUGGCAUGAAGGUCAAGGCUGAUCGUGAUGAGUCGUCGCCUUAUGCUGCUAUGCUUGCUGCUCAAGAUGUUGCACAGCGUUGCAAGGAGCUUGGUAUCACUGCGCUGCACAUUAAGCUUCGUGCCACUGGAGGCAACAAGACCAAGACCCUGGACCUGGUGCUCAGUCUGCUCUCAGGGCUCUUGCUCGUUCUGGGAUGA